AUGUCCGAGUCACACCAGCGUCAGCUGCUGUUGUUAGCUGAAGAUGUUGAUAAGUACAUGGAUAGUUUCUCCAGGUAGGUCCAGUAAAGUGUCACUCAAAAAAAUAAUGUGCCCUCAGCUUAUAUUUGUGUUAAACGAAGUUUGUGUACACUCAGUAUCAUAAACUGCCACUUAUAACCCCAUGCCUCCCCCCCUCUGGUUAUAGAUCCAUCUAUACCUGUAAAUAAAAAAUACAUCAAAUUGUAAGCCCCCUGGAUAUAAGAUCUCCUCUAGCUUGUAUUGAAAUGAAUUGAUUUAUUUUAGUUUAAAUGCUUAAUUAAAAUCCACCAAAUCCAAAACACAUUAUAAUCAGUACCACUGUAGAUUGAUUCGAAGCCUUUUUUGCAUUCCUGUUGUAAGCUUCCUCACAUAUGAGCCCCUCCAUUUAUAAACCCUCCUUAAACACCUUAUGACGACGUAUAAGCCCUGGGCUUUAUACAUGUUUAAGCGGUGGAAAUUGAUGCUGUAUGUAUCAUGUCACCCAUUAUCUAGCUUUUAUCUUUCAGAGAAUUUCAAGACGAAUUUCUGAAACUUCUUAAGAGACAGUUUGGUAUGUGACUGGUUAUUUUUAUUAACAUUACAAACAUGCAGGAAGUCUUAGAUUAGCCAAAGAUUAGGAUACAUUUAAUUUGACUUGAACAACACCAAAUUAAUAUAAUAGUUUUUGGCUAACCCUACUUACUGAAACGUUCAAGAUUUUCAUUAAUAAACAUUGACUAAGUCAUCUGAAGUUAACUUAAACUGGUCAUGUCGGUGUUUUGGCUUACUGUCAAUGUGUUGUUUUUCAGGUACUCGCAGGGUGCGUGCAAAUCAAGUUUAUCAGGAGUACAUCAGUGACAGACAUCACACUCAUAUGAAUUCAACACAGGUCAGUAUAAUUUGUUAAUUGCAUUAAUUAUUAAUAAGGCGUGCCUGGCAAAAACACCCCAAGUGACUACUGAUAAACUGCAAGACUCUCCUUUCAAUUACUUGUGUCGCAAAUGAGAAUUUGACAUUUGAUCUAGAUUCACGGAAGCCCUUUUUUAUUGCACCCAUCUGAUGGUCUACUCUAGACAUGAACACUGACUCUUAAUAAUGGCUCUAAUAUAUUUAUUAUUGUUCUUGCACAGUGGGAAACUCUAACUGACUUUGUGAAGUGGCUUGGAAAAGAAGGUAAUUAAUGGCGUGUUUUAAGUUUUUUUUAUAGGAACAGGGUUUGUGCAGGUCAUGGAAAAUGUGGAAAGUCAUGGAAUUUAAGAAUUUCAUUUUCCAGGCCUGGAAGGUCAUGGAAUUUAAUUAUCGGCCCUGGAAAGUCAUGGAAAAUCAAAGUUUUGUUUGGUAGACUAUAUUAGUCGCUGCAGAUGACAAUAUAAGCAAGGAUAACUGAUGCACGAUAGAGAGGAAUAAUUAGAGUAAUUUGUUUCUGUUGAACUGUUUAAGGUCAAAAAAUAUGCUAAAACAAGGAAAGUUUUGUAAAUUUUUGAAAAUGACAGCUAAAUGUAGGGUCAUGGAAAACUUAAAAAGGUCAUGGAAAAGGUCAUAGAAAGUCAUGGAAUAUUUGAAGAGCUCAAAAGAGUAUGAACCCUGAGGAAUGUAUAUGUACUGUCCCUGAGUGUCUUACUGCCUUUGUAUGCACAGGACAUUGCAAGGUGGAUGAGACAGAGAAGGGAUGGUUUAUAGCUUAUAUUGACAGAGAUCCUGAAACUAUUGAAAGACAAAAGGUAAAAAAAGUUGUGAUCAUGCAGCAUUAUUAAUUUUUGGUAGUUAAAGUUAUGUUUAAUAGACCUCAUUCACUAUACCUGCCAUCUUUGUGCACACACGUAUAAUUACUACUGAUGGGAUAAAAGCAGUGUCAUAUGGUAUUUUAGCAGGCAGACAAUAAUAAUUAUUAUUAUUAUCAUUCAAAGCAAAUUUUUCUUUCUUUUCAUUGGCCGAGAGCCCACCACGUGACCUGCAAAUAACUGCCUACAAAUAAUGGUCUCCUCAUGCGCAAUGCCGUCCAACUGUGUUUGGCUGCAAAUAAUAUUCUGCACAUGGGUAAAGGAAACCAUGUUUUUCUCCCUCUUGUGAUCACUCUUGCAUGAAAAUGGCAGAUCGCUUCGCCUCCAGAGGAUAUUCAUUAUAAAAACAAACUUGGUGAUUUAAUGAUAAAACAAUUAUUGAACUCGGUUUAUCACAAAAUGUCAUGAUUUGUCAGUGUCUCGCAGAUCAGUUAUUUGCCUCAGGUUUCGGCUUCAACAAAUAAUUGAUCUGCUCGCCACAGACAAAUCACAGUAUUUUGCUCAACCUCAUCCAAUAAUUGUUAAUUAUUGAUAAGGUAUUUAUUGUUGUAACAUGUUGGAGAGCUUUAUUCCAACAUUCUUUUAGAGUGCUUAUGUUUCCUUUCAGCUUAUCACACUGUCUAUGAACUUUUGCUUUGCCUUAAUGAAGAUAAAAUGAUUUUUUUUUAAAUCAGGCGGCUGCAGCAAAGGAAAAAAUGGAGAUGGAUGAUGAAGAAAGACAUGGUAAGAAAUUAUUUUUCUGAGUAAACUGAUGAAAAUUGUUUUUUAAUAUUGAUUUUUGUUGUUCUCAUUGAUAUUGAUUUGAUUGAGUGUUGUUGGUUUUCCUGUUGUUUUUCUUAAUAACCAUCUCAAGAUCUCUAAAAUUAGGGUCAUACAUGAACUUACAUUAUGAUCAAAUUUAUGCCAUAUUAUUAUAUUUUUUUGUAUUAGCCAAGCAACUUGAAAGGCAAAUUGAAAGGGAGAAAGCAAGAAAAGUCGAUGAGGUGAUGUUUUUCUUUAAUUUUUUGCUAUCUUGUCUAUUGUCUUUGCUAAAUUGUCCCAUUGUUCCUGUCUGCUGUUGUAGACACGGGCCUGUCAAUAUUCCCUUGCAGCUAGGGUUUUCCUCACUAUACUAGUAAAACCACUGUGGUAUCACUAUCACUAGUGUGACAUAUAGACUGUGUGGUGAGUAGUAAAAUGAAACUUUUUUUUUCUUUCCAGGCAGAGAGUGUUUUUACUGAGUUGAAACGUGAAAAUGAAGAGGAAAAAGGUUUGUAUUAAAAAAGGAAAUUCUUUUUUAUUAUUAUUUAUGCCACGAUCAGCAACAAAACUGUUUAAAAUAAAUCACUUUUGUCAAUAGCGUAUAGUUUGGUGAAAACAAUCUGAAACCCUCCCCCCACCCCUCAUUCACUUUUGAAUUGUUUUUUGUCUCGUACAAUUAGCUUGAGCAGCAGCUUAACAUUGCCGGGGGGGGGGAAGGGGGGUGGUGGGGAGGGAAGACUUGCUUUUUUCCCAUUUGAAGUGGAAAAGUCUGCAAAAUGCAAGAACAGCUAAGGAUCUAAUAUACAGUGUUUCAACUAAUUGUUAAUUUUGUUGCUGAUUGUGGAUGUAGAUAUGAAACCCAUUUUGACAUAAACCACUGCAUUGUAGGGGGAUAUAGGAAUGUUUUUCUAUUAUUAGUAAAAUAAAACAAAUUAAAAUUAAUAAAGAAAAUGAUAUUAAACAUGCAAAAAUUGUUAUACUCUUUCUAGUAACCUUUGCUAUGCCAGCUGGUAAAAAGAAAGAACCUUUACCAGGACCUAGCAGGUGUGUGUAAAUAGUAUUAUUAUUAAAGCUGUUUUUGUUAAUGCUCAUCCAUGCCAAUUAUUAUUAAUUGAUUUCAAAAAUAAAUGUGAAUAUUUGAGAUGAAUCACAAAUAAUUUGUACAUGACACUUUAAAAGUAAUCUUAGCCUGAGAAAACGGCCAACAUUUUGCAACUCCACCACUAGUUUCCCCACAAAAUGACUUCUGAGGAAAGACUGCAGAAAUUCCAUACUGAUGAUGUGUCAAGGCUAUGUACCAGAUCUGCACGUGCUUCCUGAUUGGUUGAAAAUUUGCUUCAACUAUUCAGGAGCACUACCCAGAUCUGCUGUGGCACAUCCCAAUCAUCAGUAUGGAAUUUCUAUGCUCAUUCCUCAGAUAUCAUUUCAAGGGGUUACACUACUGGUGGCAUCAUGAAAUGUUAUCUCAAAGAAGUUGACAAUGAUGCAAUGUUAUUGUGCAACUCCAUCCACUUUAGACUUAAAACCCUUUUUGGAACAUCAAUCAAGGACUGAUGCCCUAAAGCUACACCCUAACCAAUACUACCCCCCUUUUUUGCCAUGAAGACCAUGAUAAUCUUUAUGGGGGUCUAUCCCAUGACUCACACCCUGCCACUCAUAGCACCUGCUCACUCUUCUUUCCUCGUUUUAAUUUCUUCCUUUCAAAACCAUCUAAGGAAAUUAUGCUGCAAAAGAUCUACUAGGGUUGGUCACCUUUUCAGAAGAGAAAACUUGGGUAGCAAGUAUGGUUUAUUCUUGGCUGCAAUAUUGCAGGAUUUUCAUGACUUAAAUAGUAAUGCCAGCGAAGAAAUAUGUUUUUUUUGUAAUACAGUUUUAGUGUAAGGCCCAUGCAUCCCUCAUUACNAAGAUCUGCUAGGGUUGGUCACCUUUUCAGAAGAGAAAACUUGGGUAGCAAGUAUGGUUUAUUCUUGGCUGCAAUAUUGCAGGAUUUUCAUGACUUAAAUAGUAAUGCCAGCGAAGAAAUAUGUUUUUUUUGUAAUACAGUUUUAGUGUAAGGCCCAUGCAUCCCUCAUUACCCAAUUCCUAUGAUAAACCAUGGGAAAUGUUUACUGAUUAUCCAUAGUACUUUCCAAUGUUAUUUUCCUGAAGUUCUGAUGCAAAAAAAUGACUACAAUGAGAUAAACAGUUGACAAACAGAUUUUCAAACUUUCCUUUUGGUUAAAUUUCAGAAUAGAUGAGUCAAAUCCUUCAUCUCUACAGAAUCCCUUAGCCUCUCUAAGCUCUUCGCAAAAGGAGAAGAAAAUGGAUAAAGAGAAAACAAAAGAAAGGUACCUAGUAUUCACUCCCUUUUUCUUUCACUAGUCAAUUCUUGCCAAUUCUCAAAUUUCAUUCCAUAAUGUUGAAAAACAAAAUAAAGUAUUAGUAAGUGGAAAAAUUUCCCAUUCAGAGAUGCAUGAUUGCUCUACUAUAAUUCUUUCUGCAGUUUAAAACGAAAAUCAGCUUUGGAAGAAAUCAUGGAAGUGAGUGUUUUUGUUUGGUUGUUCAUUUGACUUUUGAUUUGCUAUUACUAUACAGUAACUUCCUUUUAGUCAUUACGAACAGGAAUGCCACUGAUAUUUUACAUUAAUAAAACAACCUUUCUUUCAAGCACUCUUUUUCGUCAUAAUAGUAAUAAUAAUAAUAAUAAUAAUAAUAAUAAUAAUAAGUAAUGGUAACAAGACUGAGUGGAGUCUAAUUUGGUCUGUAAUCAUACGAGUGAUUAACAAAAUCGGACGACUGCAUAGCCGGAGUCCGAUUUGUUUAAUCACAAGUAUGAUUACAGACUGAAUUGGACGACACAAAGUUCUGUUACCAAUAAUAUUAAUCAUGACUUUUACAAAAUUUGGGAUAAUAUCACAAAUUUUGUAAAAGUUAUGAUUAUAUUAGGCUCUUUUUUUAAUCAAAAGACAAGAAAUUCCGAGAUUUUUUUUGCUAGCAGUGAAAAAAAAAAAACCAUUUAAGUGCGCGCGUGAUGGCGUGUACUGUCCAAUUACUUAAGCAUGACAUGUACUGUCCUAUUUAACUGUCCUAUUAAGGCUGAAAUCAGGGCAGUUGAUAGCCAAUCAGAUUUAAGAAUUUUGUUAUAGUUUAUAUGAUUAUAAUAAUAAUAUCACAGUUUUUGUUUUCUCGACAGAUGCAAGAACAGGAAAAGAUGAAAGCCAGCCGCAAAAGUAAUUGGAUAGCAAAGGUACCCUAGAGAAUCAAUUCCCCCCCGUCCCCCACCUUCCCCUCCCUUGGGAAUUUUAAGGUAGAAAUUUCUUUCCAACAGAUUAAGAUUGCAAACUAUUUAUGCUGUUUCCAAAUUGUUUUUUGCAGACUUCCAAAUGCAUUAAUUUUUUCCAUGUCCGAUGUCAUUAUUUUCCAGUACACUUGAGUUUGAUUUUAUUAUGCAUCAUCUGAAUCUGAACCACUUAGGAUAUUUUGUUUUAAUUAAGUGCCUUCUUGGCUGUUAUUCCUUCCUUUACAGGGACUUAUAGUCAAAGUUGUCACCAAAAAACUUGGUGAUAAAUACUACAAAAAGAAAGGAACAGUCAAGGUAUGUGUUUGGUUUAAAAAGAAACACAUGUACAUGUAGAUGAAAUAAAACAAGGCCACAAUUUUCCUUCUCAUCCCACUUCAUUAAGUCACUACAGUGAAGAUCCCCCAUCCCAUUCCACACCCAAAUGCAAAUACCCAAUCUCGCACUCACUUUUGUUUGUUAGAUUCCUGAAUCUUGGGUUCCAAGAAGGAGAUCCGCAGAAACCUUUUUGGGGCUCCUACUUCAUACGGAUUGUUGUCCAUAAAAAGAAAUAAAUAAAAAUCACUUUCUGAGGACAGGACAGAAUUAAUUAAUGUCGUGUAUUAUUAUGUUUUGGUUUUUUAAUCGCAGGAUAUUCAGAACUUAUUCGUCGCUGUUUUAAAGAUGUCAGAUAGUGGAGAUGUGAUUAAAGUUGAUCAGGAUCACCUGGAAACAGUUAUCCCAGCUUUUGGUAAGUGUGAAUCAUAAUACACUAGUGUAGCAUUAAAAAAACAAGCUGACAUUUUGCGAAUGACUCCAGAAAUUCAAUAUUGAUGUUGUGUCACUAUUAAACCAGAUCUGGGUAGUACAGUGUACUUCUGACUGGUUAAAGCAAAUUUCCCAUGUGGCACGACCAAUCAGAAGCACUACCCAGAAUCAGAUUUGGGAAAUGACACAUCGUCAGUAUGGGAUUUCCACACUCAUCCCUCAGAUGUCAUUUUGCAGGGAAAUUAUUGGUCAUGACAUUGCAAAAUGGCGGCUGUUUUCUCAGGCUUAAUAUAGUGCUCUACUUUUAAGAGCCUAGACUGGUUCACUAUGAAAAAAUCAUUUUGAUUGCUGUCCUAGAAUUCUCCAAGGUUUGCACAAAACCUGCUUUUACUGGGAUUAUCUUGCUUUGAUUUUAAAGGAGAGGAGUCAGGCUACAGCUAGAGUGGUAGUGAAAUUUUCAAUGUUAUUUCUGGUCCAUUAUACAAUGUAGAUUCACUCCAAGACAGCUUAUUAGUCAGCACAGGUCAAAGAGUAACUUGAGUCACAAUUUUCUUCAAAUAUCAGCAAACUAUGCUUUAAAGGAUGUACUGUAAGAAUGUAUACCAAUUUAUUUUUCUGUGAAAUCUCUAGAGAAGCAAAUUGUCACAACUUGUAAUGGAGUGCUUACUAGCAAAACUUGUUAAUGGAUUUUCAGGUAAAACUGUACUGAUUGUAAAUGGCAUCCACAGAGGAUCAAAAGCAUCACUUGUAUCACUGAAUGAAAAAAGCUUUUCAGUUACAGUGGAUCUUAAAGAUGUAAGUCAGAUUUGUCUCCUUUUAACAGGACUUCCCUUCCUUGCAAGUUAAAAUGAUGAAAUUACGCUUUCCUCAUGUCAUCUUGGCCUGCAAAGAGUGGAGGAGAGGAGAGGAAAAUUGCUGUGUGAUAAUACAAGGCCUCUUGCCUGCCCCUUACCUGAUUUCCCUUUCCUUGUCUCCUACACAGCAGACUGUUUAGCUAAUCACAGUCAAAGGUGCUACAAAGAUCAAGUUGUUUUGAUCACUGACAUUUAAUUCAAAUAAAUGUUAUAAAACCUUGAAGAAUCCCCUUAGAUAAAUCUUAUGUUCCAACCCAAUAUGGGAUAAUGUUUCAUAAAAUGAACACUCUGACUAUAAUAAUUUUUUUUUAUUUUAAUAUUAUUAAGUUUCAUCACCCAGGUUAAAUAUGGUGGGGGUAAUUGACUCAUCUCUAUUUUGUACUCCACAUUUCUCUUCCUUUGAAGUGGCUAGACUGGAUUCAAGACUAGACUGCUUCCCUCCGCUCCCCCACUCCCCCACCCCCUCCCGUACCUUUGAAUUUUAUUUUCCUUUGUUUUUGGAUGUAGUGAUGAGUCUGAAACAAGAGACAAUAAAAUUGAACCAGGACCAGAACAGCAAUGCUAUAAACUGAGUGUUGAAUUCACUACUGGUAGUAAUAAUUACACAGUGCGUUUUGUUAUUGUGUUUCCUCAGGGACCUCACAGGGGCAAGAGAAUUGAUAGAAUUCCUUAUGACGACAUCUGCAAAUUGGAUACGUGA